AAGCAACGUUGGAGCAGCUCGGCGCCCCAAAGGAGCAGGUCGAUGCCUGAGGUUUUAAUGGAGAAAUCCCAAAGUGAGCCGGGGCGCACGGUGGAGGAGGGGCGCGCCGCAGCCGGGGCCGCUGGGCCCUGAUGGGCGGGAGCGGGGUGGAGCGGCCUCGCCUGCCAGGCAGCCCUGGGCGCUGGGCUGCGCGGCCACACUCUGGAGACAGCCACGGUCCAGGCAGGUGGGGGAGGGCGCUGCUCCCGUCCUGAUGUGCCAGGAGCCGCCAGCAGCCAUCCAGGUGACUAAGCCGGCCCACUAGCACUGAGUCACCGCCCGCCUCGAGCUGUUCUUACUUCUUCUUUGCAUCUGAUUAUUUUGGGAGCUGGAAACUUGGAGCUGCACCUGAGUCCCGCCCCUUCUAGCUCUCCCCUCCCUACCUUGGGCUCCAGGAAGAUGGGACUUGCUGUGAGUCUGCUGCCACCCCCUAAAGAUAUGGAAGACGCUGUGGGGGCCAGAGGUGCCCCGGGGGCUGUGGCAGCAGGCAGAGUGCAAUAGCAGAUAUGGUGGUCAGGCUGCCCAUGUGUGUCCUCUGGAGGUGUUGGGACAGAAGGGCAGUCUUGUCCGAGCUGACUGGAGUCCUCCUGGGCUGGCUCUGAACUCAUCUCCCACGGGGAUGUUUCUGUAAAGGAGUGGCUUCUGGGGUCGGAGUGGCAUUUGGAGAGCGAGGCUGGAUUGGCUUAGGCUGGCCUGGGCAGGGAGUGCCGCUUCCUGGGCUAGAGACAAGCACCAGCCUGCAGUGGAGAACGCAGGGCCCGCUGCCCAGAAGGAGCAGUCACGGCCUGCGGAGGACUGGCCCAGCAAGGUCCCAGGUCUUCCCUCUCCUCAGCGCCUAAGAGAGCGGCCCAGUGCGGGUGAGAAGUCGCGAGGAAGAGGCGGAAGGCGCCGGAAGGCACCAUGUUCCGCAAGAAAAAGAAGAAACGCCCUGAGAUCUCGGCGCCACAGAACUUCCAGCACCGUGUCCACACCUCCUUCGACCCCAAAGAAGGCAAGUUUGUGGGCCUCCCCCCACAAUGGCAGAACAUCCUGGACACACUGCGGCGCCCCAAGCCCGUGGUGGACCCUUCGCGAAUCACAAGGGUGCAGCUCCAGCCCAUGAAGACAGUGGUGCGGGGCAGCGCGGUGCCUGUGGAUGGCUACAUCUCAGGGCUGCUCAACGACAUCCAGAAGUUGUCAGUCAUCAGCUCCAACACCCUGCGUGGCCGCAGCCCCACCAGCCGGCGGCGGGCACAGUCCCUGGGGCUGCUGGGGGAUGAGCACUGGGCCACCGACCCAGACAUGUACCUCCAGAGCCCCCAGUCUGAGCGCACUGACCCCCACAGCCUCUACCUCAGCUGCAACGGGGGCGCACCAGCAGGUCACAGGCAGAUGCCGUGGCCCGAGCCGCAGAGCCCACGGGUCCUGCCCAAUGGGCUGGCUGCAAAGGCACAGUCCCUGGGCCCCACCGAGUUUCAGGGUGCCUCGCAGCGCUGUCUGCAGCUGGGCGCCUGCCUGCAGAGCUCCCCGCCAGGAGCCUCGCCCCCCACGGCCACCAAUAGGCGUGGAAUGAAGGCUGCCAAGCAUGGCUCUGAGGAGGCCCGGCCACAGUCCUGCCUGGUGGGCUCAGCCACGGGCAGGCCAGGUGGGGAAGGCAGCCCGAGCCCUAAGACCCGGGAGAGCAGCCUGAAGCGCAGGCUAUUCCGAAGCAUGUUCCUGUCCACUGCUGCCACGGCCCCCCCAAGCAGCAGCAAGCCAGGCCCUCCACCACAGAGCAAGCCCAACUCCUCUUUCCGACCGCCGCAGAAAGACAACCCCCCAAGCCUGGUGGCCAAGGCCCAGUCCUUGCCCUCGGACCAGCCGGUGGGGACCUUCAGCCCUCUGACCACUUCGGAUACCAGCAGCCCCCAGAAGUCCCUCCGCACAGCCCCGGCCACAGGCCAGCUUCCAGGCCGGUCUUCCCCAGCGGGUUCCCCCCGCACCUGGCACGCCCAGAUCAGCACCAGCAACCUGUACCUGCCCCAGGACCCCACGGUUGCCAAGGGCGCCCUGGCUGGUGAGGACACAGGUGUUGUGACACAUGAGCAGUUCAAGGCUGCGCUCAGGAUGGUGGUGGACCAGGGUGACCCCCGGCUGCUGCUGGACAGCUACGUGAAGAUUGGCGAGGGCUCCACCGGCAUCGUCUGCUUGGCCCGGGAGAAGCACUCGGGCCGCCAGGUGGCCAUCAAGAUGAUGGACCUCAGGAAGCAGCAGCGCAGGGAGCUGCUCUUCAACGAGGUGGUGAUCAUGCGGGACUACCAGCACUUCAACGUGGUGGAGAUGUACAAGAGCUACCUGGUGGGCGAGGAGCUGUGGGUGCUCAUGGAGUUCCUGCAGGGAGGAGCCCUCACAGACAUCGUCUCCCAAGUCAGGCUGAAUGAGGAGCAGAUCGCCACUGUGUGUGAGGCUGUGCUGCAGGCCCUGGCCUACCUGCAUGCCCAGGGCGUCAUCCACCGGGACAUCAAGAGUGACUCCAUCUUGCUGACCCUCGAUGGCAGGGUGAAGCUCUCGGACUUCGGAUUCUGUGCUCAGAUCAGCAAAGACGUCCCUAAGAGGAAGUCCCUGGUGGGCACCCCCUACUGGAUGGCUCCUGAAGUGAUCUCCAGGUCUUUAUAUGCCACUGAGGUGGAUAUCUGGUCUCUGGGCAUCAUGGUGAUUGAGAUGGUGGAUGGGGAGCCACCGUACUUCAGUGACUCCCCAGUGCAAGCCAUGAAGAGGCUCCGGGACAGCCCCCCGCCCAAGCUGAAAAACUCUCACAAGGUCUCCCCGGUGCUGCGAGACUUCCUGGAGCGGAUGCUGGUGCGGGACCCCCAAGAGAGAGCCACAGCCCAGGAGCUCCUAGACCACCCCUUCCUGCUGCAGACAGGGCUACCUGAGUGCCUGGUGCCCCUGAUCCAGCUCUACCGAAAGCAGACCUCCACCUGCUGAGCCCACCCCGAGUAUGCCUGCCACCUAUGCCCACAGGCAGGGCACACUGGGCAGCCAGCCUGCCGGCAGGACUUGCCUGCCUCCUCCUCCUCAGUAUUCUCUCCAAAGAUUGAAAUGUGAAGCCCCAGCCCCACCCUCUGCCCUUCAGCCUACUGGGCCAGGCCGGACCUGCCCCCUCAGUCUCUCCCUCCCGAGUCCCCAGAUGGAGACCCCUUCUACAGGAUGACCCCUUGAUAUUUGCACAGGGAUAUUUCUAAGAAACGCAGAGGCCAGCGUUCCUGGCCUCUGCAGCCAACACAGUAGAAAAGGCUGCUGUGGUUUUUUAAAGGUAGUUGUACACUAGCGUCCUAGGCCACUGCAGAGGGCAGACUGCUGGUCUCCACAGAUACUUGCUGUUCUCAGCUCCAGCUUCAAACCUCGGGUCUCGAGAGGGCCACGGGGUGGUUUUUAUGACCGGAAUCCCACUUCCUCUCUCACAUCUGAUGUCCUGAAGGUGCAGUCCCACCUGUACAGCCCCUCCCCGCCCAGAACUAUGAAUGGCCUGCUCCAGGCCAUGGCUGGGGGCAGGGAGUGAGGGGACAAUUUCUGAGUGAAAGAGAAAGAAUGGGGUCGGUGGUGAAGGUGCUCUCACUUUACAGAAUGGAGAGAACAUCGUGUGUGUGUGUGUGUGUGUGUGUGUGUGUGUAAGGGGAGGAAAGCCACCUUAACAGCCCAGGUCGGUCACCCACAGCCAGCUUCAGGAAGGCUGCCCCAUCCUCUCUCCCAUUAAGUUCUAGCCUGAAGGGACCUGCUUUCUUGGCCUGGCUUCCACCUCUCCACUCCUGUGUCUACCUGGCCAGUGGAGUGGUCCAUGCUAAGUCUAACACAUCCUGGGAGCUCAGGAGGCUUCUGAGCUUCUCCUGUACUGUGCAUCGUGAGGGCCAGAGACGGGAAUGUAAGAAAUGGCAACUGUGUUACCUUUCAAGUUUAUCUCAGUAACCAGGUCAUCAGGGACCCAUUGUUCUCUUCAGAACCCUAUCUGGGAGAGAAGGCGAACCACCUCUGGGUUUCCAUCAUGUCGAGGUCACAGGCAUCCAUGUGUGCAAACCAUCUGCCCCGGCUGCCUCCACAGACAGCUAUCUCCUUGUCCUUCUCGGCCCCGCCCCACUUCAGGGCUGCUGUGAGAUGGAAUUCCAGGAAAGAACUUCAGGUGUCUGGACCCUUUCUAUCUAGAUAAUAUUUUUAGAUUUUUCUGCUCCCUAGUGACCUACCUGGGGACAAAGAAAUUGCAAGGACUUUUUUUUAAGGGUCAGAGUUUUCAAAACAAAAGCAUCUUCCCUAGAAAUUUUUGUGAAUUGUUUGCACUUGUGCCUGUUUUAAAUUAAAUUGAGUGUUCAAAGCCA